AUGGUCGGCGUGGUCCGCUGCCUUCCAACCGAAGAGGUGGCGUUGAUGCAUAGUGUUGACCCUAAAAACACAUCAGCUUAUGUGGAUAUUGAAUUCACUGGUUUUGUUAGCUCAUGUGAACACGGUUAUGGGCGUAGUUCUCCUGAUCGACAGUUCAUAUAUGUAAAUCAAAGGCCUGUGGAUUAUUCUAAGAUUUGUCGAGUCAUCAAUGAAGUUUACCAACAGUACAACCGAUCUCAAUAUCCAACGCUAGUCUUAUACAUUACAGUACCUCCUGAAGAGAUUGACGUUAACGUCACUCCCGACAAGAGAAUGAUAUUUUUCGAACGAGAAAAAGAACUACUAGCUCUUAUUCGCUCUUCAUUUUUGGCAACCUUUCACCCUCUUCUGGGUUCCUACACAUCAGUCGCAAAUAAAAUCACCAGUAACGACAAUGAAAAAACGAUAAAUGCGGUCGCAUCUACACCCAAAUCCAGUGGGCCGCUAUCUGCCACCUCUGCAUUUGUCUCUCUGAUAAAAUCUAACUCUACGAAAGUAAACUCGCCGACUUAUACUCCUCCCCAACCGAAAAGGAGUAGAACAGAAGAUCACAAUAGUAGCUUGUCAACAGGCUUGAAGACCCUCGAAGCAUUUGCAUUCAAACCUUUGUCAAGAGAUGCCCUAGUUGAAGCAAUUAAAACACCAUCAACCAGUGGAAUUGCAUCAAACACAAUUGCUGCGCCUUCAAGUGCUAAUGAAGAAGAUGUUACGCCAUCAAAUUCCUUCAAAAACAACUUAAAUGAACUGGCGCAUCGUCAGCGGACGUUCAGUCCAUCUCUGACGAGAAAUCUAUCACGUGGAUUUGAAGCUGAUAUCGAGAAAGAUCUUGCUGUAAUGGAAAAGAUGGAGAAAACAAUGGACGAAGAGGAAUCCCCGACAAAUGGAGCGCAAGUGACGCCGAAUAGUGCUCAAGAGGUAGUUUCGCGAAAACGUCAGCUAUCUUCUCGAAAUCAUAAAAUCAUAACUGUGACGAAUAAUUUGAUUUUUCACUAAGU